AAAGAAGACUACUGGUGAUCAUGUUGAAAUUGAUUCUGUUUAUUACAUUAUUGUUGGCCUAUAUCAUCAACACUGUUAGUGCUGCCGACUGCUGUGGCAUCUUUAACACCAAUUGCUGUGGAAAAUGUACUGGUGGUCAAUACGAUGGACAAGAAUGCACAAUCCAGGGGAGAUCACAUGACUUGACCUGCGAUCCUCAGGCUGGUCAUCCUUCUUGUAGUGGUUAUGAUACACAAGGAUGCAAUCGUGGAUGGAAAUGCUAAACUUUCGUGGUCCUUACCUUGCUUAUGACAAUCAUCCUUAUGAAAUUGGUUAGAAGCAUUGAAUGUUUUUAUAAUUAGAAUUAUUUUUAUUUAUUAAACAGUAAUAUAUUUCUUUCAUAUCGCCUAUAUUGUUGAAUAUUUUGAUAUAAUUUAAAAAAUAUGAUACGUCUCUUAGUAGUAAUGGCAGAAGUGAUUAAAGUCUUUUUUUUUUUCAGUGAACUUAGCUUGAUGAUGAUCUGUGAAAAGACUAGAUGAUAUUGUUGUCAUGAUAAUAUUUGUGGCAAUUGAGUAGUAGUCAGUUCUAGAAAUAUAGAAAAAAAAAAUAAAAGGUAAUUUGAUAGAUGCGAUCGAAAAUGGAAUUGAAUGACUCGGGUAUGAUUGCGCUUGAUCAUAAUCAAAAAUAUAAAGUAACUUGAAAUUUCCAUUAUUGGGUUCCUCUCAAAAAAAAAAA